AUAGUCAACGGAACUAUCUGCAAAGAUCACAGUGUGACGUAAACGACGAUCUAAACAAGUAUCAGCUGUGUAGCAGUCAUUGUUCGUAUCCGUUUUGGCAGUCGUACAAGAAUUCUGUUUUUCUUCGUUUUCUGAUCGUCGGGCAUCAGGUCCGACGGGAUAAACGGUAUACGCAUUAGUUGGAAAGACAAGUGUAAAAAAAAGGGGGGAGGCUACGAGUUUUCAGUGCAACGCAACCGUGGCUGCGUGCGUGCUCCAGCCCCAGCCCCACCAACGAUCUUAGGGACAAUAAUCGUGUGAAAAACGGGGCGGUACGCGCAUAAGCCUGGCCUCGAGCAGCGAGUCAGACGACGGUGGACUCGCUCCGCCACCGUGCAAAAGGUCCCGUAGUUCUCUCCCGACUACCCUACGACCAGCGGACGAGCACCACACCGAUCCUGAGAUGGAAAACUAUCGAAUCUCAAGACGUAUCGACGUCGGAUUCCUUUCAUAUCAGCUGUCUAUCAAGCGGUUUUCUUAUUUCUUGAAAUCCUUGCAUCGAAUAGUCAUAGAUCUUUUGUAUACAAACAUAGAAUUUUAAAGUUUUUCCAAAAAAAAAAUAAAAAAGAGAAGAGAUAUUUAAGUCAAGAUAGGAUGUACCGAUUAAUACACAUAAGUGCUAAUAUUGCGGAGUACUAUUGUCAUCACGGGUAACAUUUCCGUGUGCAUGACAGCAUAAUGCAACAGCAGACUUCAAACGGUGGCAUUUCCUCCGGGCUUCAGCAAAAUGGCUCUACAGCUGACUCUGGUGGACCUCAUGCAAAUGGCAACGUGAUGCCGGAAUCGGAUAAUGACAUCAAUGGUGUGAAUGGGGAAACGAAUCAAAACUUAGGACCUCCAAAAAUAAUGGACAAAACUAAUCAAGAUAUUGUCAGGCUCAUUGGCCAGCAUUUGAAGACAGUUGGACUUAAUCGUACUGCGGAUCUUCUUAUGCAAGAGUCAGGUUGUCGUCUAGAUCAUCCUGCAGCUGCAAAAUUUAGGCAGCAUGUUAUGGAUGGAGACUGGACCAAGGCAGAACAUGAUCUUAGCGAGCUUAAAACGUUUUUAAAUGGCGCAAAUCAAAGUCUAGUGGAAAUGAAGUUCUUAUUACUAGAACAGAAAUAUUUAGAAUAUUUGGAGGAAGGAUUAGUAUUGGAAGCAUUGCAAGUUUUACGCAAUGAACUCACACCUUUAGGCCAUAACACAGGCCGUGUCCAUCAAUUAUCUGCAUUUAUGAUGUGCAGUGGACGCGAUGAAUUACAGACACGUGCAGGCUGGGAUGGCAAAGGUGCAGUUUCGAGAGCUGCUCUAAUGGACAGACUACAGAAAUAUCUGCCACCCUCUAUUAUGUUACCACCACGACGCCUUCACUCUCUCUUGUGCCAAGCUGUGGAAAUGCAAAAUCAACAGUGUACAUACCAUGUAACGCAUACUCAGACAAGUUUAGAGAACGUAUCGUUACUCGUGGACCAUAGCUGUAGCAAAGAGCAGUUUCCGUGCCAUACUAUACAGGUGCUCAAUAAUCAUUGUGACGAAGUAUGGUAUUGUAAAUUCUCUCCCGAUGGUCGUAAGCUAGCUACAGGUUCUAAAGAUAUGACUGUGAUUAUUUGGGACGUUGAUCCAGAAACACUGAAAGUAACACACAGAAAAACACUAGAAGGUCAUACUUAUGGAGUAGCACUAAUUGCCUGGAGUCCUGAUAGCAGUCUUUUAAUCGCUUGCGGACCUGAAGAUUGCCCAGAGCUUUGGCUCUGGAGCAUCGACCCACCUGAUUACGAGCUUCGUGCAACAGUUACUCAAAAUACCGAUGAUUCACUUACCGCUUGCGCUUGGUAUCCCGAUUCACGUAAAUUUGUGGCAGGAGGUCUUCGUGGACAAUUUUAUCAAUUUGAUAUCGAAGGAAACGUAUCAGAAUCUUGGGAAGGAGUUAGAGUAAAAUGUUUAUGGUGUAAAAACGAUGGUAAAACGGUUCUAGCUGCUGAUUCGCAUCACCGAAUCCGAGGAUAUAACUUUGACGAUUUAUGUGACUUUACAAUAUUACAAGAAGAUCAUCCUCUAAUGUCGUUUAGUGUAAACAAAGCAGACCGGCUUGCACUUUUAAAUGUAGCUAAUCAGGGUGUACAUCUUUGGGAUUUACAAGACAGAUGUUUAGUGAGACGUUUUCAAGGUGUUACUCAAGGACAUUUUACAAUUCACAGUUGUUUCGGUGGUGUAAAUCAAGAUUUUAUCGCAUCUGGCAGCGAAGACACUAAAGUAUAUGUAUGGCAUAUCAAAAGAGAAUUACCUAUAGCAAUUUUAACAGGACACAGUAGGACAGUAAAUUGUGUUUCAUGGAAUCCUGUAUAUCAUCAAAUGAUGGCUUCUGUAUCAGACGACUGUACAGUGAGAAUAUGGGGACCUAGGUCAUCCUCUCCAGAAAAAGGUGAAAGUGACAAGACUGCGCCGUUAGAAAGUAACUCUUCAAAUGGUAGUGGAUGGCAUGAGAUGGUAUCGUAGCGAACUACAGUAUAUCAGUGCCCCCAUGACCUCAUGGUGUUCAAAAGACUGUCAUAUUGAUCGUCAUACUGACUUUUUCCUGCCCCCAGCAGCUAUCUCUUUAUGCCUCGUUACUGUAAGUCUGGAUAAAUGACUACCAUUGAGAGUAAAUGAGAGAUACGUUAGCAUCAACUGCUAAUUCAUGAAAGAGCAGUCGGCCGUUAUUUGAAUAUCUAUUUCUUUUUGAUUAAUUAAUUUUGUAUGCAACCUUACGGCCCGUUUGCCUGUAAAGAUUAAACUCAAAAUUACGAAUGUGAAUUAUUGAUUGAAAACGAACAGCAUAAUAUGUGUCGACUAAUAUAGGUUAUCGUAAAAUAUAAGUUCAACAAAUUCCGUCUUAGCGUUGAUGUAAAAAGAAAAAUUAAUGUGCAUUAGCAAGCAAGAAGUACUACAAGAAUUAAAAUUUGUGAUUUUGUGAGAUCAUCAUGAAAACUUGUUUUGACAAAAAUUAUGUCAAAUUUGAUCUUUCUAAAAAUAAAAUGCUGUAAAUAACAAUGUCGUGCGUAAUGAAUUUCUAAUUAAUUUUUUUAAUUAUUAAUGAGGGUGAUACUGUUUUCAUUUUUCUCUAUACAUAUAUGUAACUGCCAUCUUACAUUGGUACAUUUAUGAUGCAGUGUAAAAGUAACACAAAUAUUACAUUUAGACGUUUAAUUUCCAUUAAAUAAUUUGUAAUUAUGUAUAACUCAGAAAAUUAUAAAAUUUGCAAACGUUUCAACUGUAUUAUAAAAUCAAGAUUAAUCCUUAAUUUCAGAAAUGUAACAGUUUUGCUAUUAAAAGGAUUAAAUUGAAUUUGAAAGUUGAGCAUAAAUCCUAAAGUUAGUACCUUGAUUCUGUACUGUGAUUUCAUAUUAAAAUCUGUGCAGUUGGUGUCAAAAGUUUAUAAAUACUACAUUUGCCUUAAUAUUAUCACACUUGUAAGAACUCUAAAGUAAUGUCAACAAAUUACACAGAUUUCGAAUAUCUGUGACAAAACAUUGGUUGCUUAAUACUAAUCAAAUAUCUUUGUAUGUUGCAUUUUCAGUUCCAUAGCUACAGAGCAAUGAAAAUUGUCAUUUUAUACCCAUAAGAAUAUUUUGAAAUUUCAAAUCAACAAAAACAGUUAUAAAUCAGGCACAUAUUCUAUGAACAGUUCUCAAUUUAAACACAAAUGUUACUGUAUUUGUAUGUAAUAUGUAAAAUGUUCUAUUAUUCAUAAUAAGUAUUUUUCAUUUUUCGUAAAAUAUUUGUUAAUCAUUGAAUAUAAACAAAUCUUAUAUAUAUAUAAUGCAAUAUAUUUUUUUUGUUUUCUUUUAUUGUUUGAAAAUAUAACAAGAUUAAAUAAUAAAUCUUAAAAUAUGUUCAUAAAUGAAAAGACGAAAACACUAAAAUGUUUUUUCCUUUACUAAUAGGCAGUUGAAAACAAAUUGGAUGGUUUCAAUACAUAAAAAUCUUGGAGUAUGUGUGUACAAAUACUUUUAGAAGAAAUAAUAUUAUAAACACAUUUACAUAACAGGAGAGUUUUACACAAAGCAUCUAUAGUUCAUGCCCCUAAAAUUAUAGAGAGAUAAUAUGAUACCAAUCACUAUUAUCAUUUGCAUUUACCUGUGGUGCCUUAGCACUUUAUAAUCUAAUUAAAAAUUUCCAGGAAUUUCUCAUAAUUUAAAGUAAUAUGUAAUUUAAUAUAGUUUGCAAUAUAAUAAACAGCAAAUAAUAAAUUUUACUUAAAAGUUAGUAUUAAAUGGCAUUCACUAUUUAAUAUAUAUCAGUGUCAUAAAUUUUUCAGUGAUAACGUUUUUUUCAAUCAUAUUUUCUAAUAGAGGCAAAAUAAUAUUGUCUCUUUAUAAUCAUCUAUUUUUAUAUUUGUUCAUGAAAUAUAGAAGAGCAAUAACGAAAAUUCUUAGAGAUCUUCUUUUCUAUAAAGUUAGUGUAAUACAGUAACUUGAAAUACAAAAUAUGCCACGUUUGACAAAGUAAAUAUAGAGAUUUACAUAAAAAAAUUAAUCAUUUAAAUUAUUUUUUGUAAAUAGGGGGCGAAAAUAUUAUAAAUACAUAUGUAAUCCUAACAAUUAAAGGAAAGUGGUUUUAUAUUUAAUUUAUAACAAAGAAUGUAAAGUAAAUAAUUCAAACGAAGUUAAUACUUUUUAAGCAGUAUUAUAUUAUGUUGAAGGAUCAUAAUAAAAAUGUUUUAAUAAUUUUGAACCAGAUGAUAAAUCGAUAUAUGUAUAUGUAUACAAAACAAAAAAUACUGAAUAAUUAAUACAGAAUAACAUUUAAGAAUUAAAGAUGAUGUCUUUACAUGACAGUUAUGUUUCCAUAGUGCAAUUGAAGUUGUUUAUUAGGAUGGCAAAUAUAAUUAGACUAUAAUAUGAUUCAGCUUCGUUAAAAAAGUAAAAUUUGUUAAAUAAUAAUUAUAUGUACAUUAUUAUCAUUCUAUAUUUUUAAAAUUUUUAGAUUUUAGUUUAUUAUUUCGUAUGUACAUAAUAUAAUAAAUAUAUGAUUUUAUGCAAAGAACUGCCGUUUAUUACAAUAGCAACAUGUGUUUAUUCUUAAAAUAUUUGCUAUAGCUAUUUCAUAUUAAAAUUGUGUAAUAAUAGGUACUAAUUGUAUAACUUUAAGACCAAUAGUGCGUGAAUUCGUUACUUAUGUUAAUUUAUCUAAAAUAUUUUAAAUAAACUAUAAGAAGUCAGAUAUACAUAUGUGUGACUAAAUAUUUCUUUAUACAUAGAAUGUAUGUAAUAAUGAAUAUUUCUUAUUUUUCAGAAAUGGAAAUGUAUUUCAUAAUCUUUUAAAGCAUAAACUUACAUCUUGUACCAACUUAUUCUAGUAAGAUAUCGCUCUAAUAAUAGGUUAAAAAAUUGUAAUAAAUUCAAUAAUAGAUUAAUGUAAUAAUUUUGACAUUAAUGACAUUAAAAUUGUACUAAAUUUUGAUACAUAAUUUGUGCUUAAUUUUAAAUACUCUACAUGUAAAAUUAAAUAAAAUACCAUGUAAUUUCUUGUAACAAUUAGAAAAAUUAUCUUAAUAAUUAUAUUUUUAUUGCUAGAUCUAUGUACAAUGAAUACUAGUUGCAGGUAAAGUUUUAACUGCCCUUUAAAAUCAUAUUCCCUGUUUAAAUAAUUUGUCCGUGCUUAUGUAUAUAAAGCUGUAUAAUAAAUAUUCUUCUACAUUAUUUAAAUUGGACUACUUCAAUAAAAACAAGUAUUUAUUUGUAUUUACUUAAUUUCUUAAAAAUCUUGACAAUAUAUCGAAAUGAUUUGUUUUAAGUGUUUCACAGCAACGGAAGUGCCGUAGGAUUUCUUUUUCCUGUCGAAUUGGAACUCGAUAUCUCGAAAGAUACUUUACCUACCUCUUUGCCGUAUUGAUAAUUUCCAUUUUAGGAAAUCGUAUUGCUAUGUAUUUAGUAUGCUUCACAAGGAACCAAAAAGAUCUUUUUCUGUAUUCAAAUCAGUUAAGAUAGUUAUCAUUCUCGAAGCUGCAUGUUUUGUUGGAUCAUAUGCAUUUUGGUCCUAUAUGAAUAAGUCUCAAGAUUGCAGGUAUUUUAUGUAUCAGCACUUUCCAUCCAUACUAAGUGGUUAUUACUAUCUUUAUGAAAAAACAUAUAAGGACAAUAAACUAAGAUUGUUGGAUCUCUCGUUGUGGGAAAGUCAACAAAAUGAAUCUUAAAUUUUGUGAAAUUAAGACUUCCUACAUCCUUAAUAGGUAGUGGUGGCUUAAAAUAUAUUUAAAAAGAAAAAAGAAAG